UUUCCAGUGGCAGACAAUUUAUGAGGUCACUAUAUCUAGAUAGUUCAUACGUUUUCCUUUUUCUGUAAACAGAUGGUUCAUAUCUAGUACAACUAAUUAUUGUUUACAGGUGCAAUCAACCUGUUUGUACUUCAUAGGGGAAUUUUUCGUCUUUCAUUCAAAUUACUCCUGUGUUAUCAGUAAUCAAGAAAUGGAGGCAUUGUCAUGGCUCUGGGAAGCCAAGAUUCAACACAGCGAACUCACCAGAGCAGCUCUUACAUUUUCCCUAAUCAUAAUCGCAAUUUCGUGGUGUAUUUGGGUUCGCAAGAAGCAAGUUCAUAAGUUACCACCUGGUCCUCCAGGGUUACCUAUAGUCGGAAACAUCCCAUUCAUUGAUCCGGAGUUACACAAGUACUUUGCCAAAUUAACCACCAAAUAUGGACCCAUAUUUAAGCUCAAAUUAGGCAGCAAGCUUCUGAUUGUCCUGGGUUCACCAGAACUAGCUGCAGUUGUCAUGAAAGAACUCGACUCAACAUUUGCAAACCGGGCUCCUACGGUAGCAGGAAUGACCGUCGGCUAUAAUGGUUCAGACAUGGUAUUUGUUGACUACGGUCCACACUUGCGCAACGUACGUGCCUUAUGCGUUCGAGAGAUUCUAAGUAAAAGCGCUCUCGAUUCAUUCUCAGCUCUUCGCCAGCAGGAAGUUAGAAGAUGCGUAAGAAGUUUGUACGCGAAGGUUCACACUCCGGUAAAUAUAAGAGACGAGAUGUUUCUGAUAAUGCUUAAUGUGAUCACCAACAUGAUGUGGGGCGGUACAUUUAAUGAUGAAGAGAAGAUUGAAAUUGGCUUGGAAUUUCGGAAACGAGCCGAAAAAGUCUUGGAUUAUUUAGGGAGAACCAAUAUUUCUGAUUUUCUUCCUGUUCUAGCGAGGUUUGAUCUUCAAGGUGUAGAACGACGUCUGAAAGAGCUAAUUUCGUGGUUAGACCCGUUCUUCGAAUCCAUGAUUGAUAAGAGGAUGAAACUUGAUCAGGAGAUAAAACUAAAUGGAGAUCAAGAUGGUAAGGAGAACAAAGUCAAGGAUUUCUUACAAGUCUUUCAACAACUUCAAGACCAAGGAGAAUCCAAAGUUCCUUUUACCUUUACCAACCUCAAGGCCUUGUUCAUGAAUUUGGUGGUCGGAGGCACAGAUACAGCAGGAGGGGCAGUAGAAUGGGCGAUGGCCGAGUUGAUAAAAGAACCAAAGAUUAUGAAAAGAGCCUUAGAAGAGUUGGACAAUGUUGUAGGGAAAAACAACAUUGUGGAAGAAUCUCAUAUACCCAAUUUACCUUAUUUGGGUGCAAUCAUAAAAGAAACAUAUCGCUUGCAUCCCGGAGUACCGCUAUUAGUUUCUAGGUGUCCAAGUUCGACCUGUAACGUGGGAGGUUAUGUGAUCCCUAAAGGAGCUCAAGUUCUUAUGAAUGCAUGGGCAAUCCAAAGAGACCCCAAAUAUUGGGAUAAUCCAUUAGAAUUCAAACCAGAGAGGUUCUUGCAGACCACAAGCAAGUUCGAUUUUAUUGGGACUGAUUUCAGAUAUAUUCCAUUCGGUUCAGGCAGGAGGAGAUGUAUAGGUGUUCCUUUAGUGGAAAGAAUUGUGCCUUAUGCAUUAGCAUCUUUUUUGCACUCAUUUGAAUGGAGAAUGCCAGAAGGUGUGGAGGUUGAUCUUUCAGAAAAAUUUGGUAUUGUUUUGAAGACAAGUACCCCCCUAACUGCAAUCCCAUUGCCAAGGUUACCUGAUCCAAACCUCUAUGCCAAGAAAGAGUACUAGAUUUCAAGUUUCAGAAGUUCAUCCUGUUAGCUAUGUUAUUAUGUUGGAGAGUGGUAAUCUGAAAGUCCACACCACAUGCUUCAUUUUGUUAUGCAGAAGUUUAUUUUUGAUUAAAGUCCAUUCUUGUGGAGUUAUAUGCAUCAAUAACUAGUGUUACCAUUUUGCGCAACCAUGUUGUGUAAAUGCAAGAGAUAUAAAAAUGGGUUGUAAAUUUGGUUUAUUUGGCUGUAUAUAUAAUAGAUAUCUUAAUCUAGUCUUUAGACUUUA